AUGGUUGAAUUAAUUUUGAAAAUUUUCAAUAGCUUGAACUUGGAUCCCAAAAAGUGUGUUGGUAAUUCUACUGACAGAGCAGCAAAUAUGCAGGGGGAGUACCGUGGAUUUUCUGCUCAACUGAGUAAUGUGGCAAAAAAUCAAAUACAUAUAUAGUGUUACGCUCAUGUUUUAAACUUAGUUAUUGGUGAUCUAACUAAUAAAAUUCUUCAGUCUAUUAAUUUGUUUGGAAUACUCAAUGGAUGUGCUGUUUUUAUUAAAGAAUCCCAUUUGUGGACUAAUAAAGAAGAAUAAACGAAUAUGUUACAUAGGUGAGACUAGAUAAUGGUCUAAACAUAGUGCGUUAUCUAAAGUGUUUGGUCAUUUCAAGAAUCCAGUACCUGGUUUAUUUGUGGAACUUAUAACUACAUUAAUUGAGAUUAAAAAUAACCCUUCUACUACAGCUGAUGCUCGGUUUAAAGCAAUAGGUUUGAUAGAAGGAUUAUGCAAGUAUGAAACUGUUUUAAUAGCUCAAAUUUAUUUGCAGAUUUUUCAAAAAACUACUUCACUUUCUAAGUAUUUACUAGGUCAUGGAAUAAAUAUGAUGACAUCUUAUCAAAUGGUUCAAGUAACACUUGAAGAGCUUAAACUUAAUGCACGUGACUUCUCAAGUAUCAAGGAAGCAGCAGAUAAUUUUGUUGCAUGGGCAAAUAAUAAAUAA